AUGAAAAGAACGUGUCUGGGAGGUUCAAAUGUAUCACGAUAUAUAUGUACAUUAUAUGGUUACAGUGCAUUACGUAUCGCAUCAUAUUUACCAAAAGAUGCAUUAUUUAUCACUGUCGACAGCAAUCAAGAGUCAGCACAAAUUGCUUCUGAAAUAUUCAAACAAGCAGGCAUCAGCGAUCGAGUCCAUAGUGUUGUCGGUUCAAGCCAAACUGUAAUACCACAAAUAAAAGAUCAGCAUCCCAUCUCGUCGUUUGACUUCAUUUUUAUCGAUCACUCGGGAGAGAAUUAUUUACGUGAUUUCAAACUAUUGGAAUAUCACAACUUAAUAACAUCCGGCACAAUGAUCGUCGCUGACAAUAUCCUCUAUCCUGGUUCACCUGAUUAUGCAGACUAUAUUCGAAACAAUCCAAACUAUUCUAGCAAAAUGUACGAAGCAUCAGUAGAAUGGCCAGUUGGAGUUAAAAUCAAAGACGGAGUUGAGGUUUCAGUUAGAAACUAA